AUGAGGUCUGAGUGCGCGUGGAGGAUGAUCCGGCUGGCUGUGACAGUGGCUCUGGUGUCCGCGUGCGGCGCGUCGGAGUACGAGUACCUGAGCUGGAAGUCGGACUCGUACCACGGCGGGCGCAGCUACGGGAAGCCCCCCCAGUGCGUGGACAUCCCGGACGACCUGCGGCUGUGCCACAACGUGGGCUACAGCCAGAUGCUGCUGCCCAACCUGCUGGAGCACGAGAGCAUGGCCGAGGUGAAGCAGCAGGCCAGCAGCUGGGUGCCGCUCGUGCACAAGAAGUGCCACCCGAGCACGCAGGUCCUCCUCUGCUCGCUCUUUGCGCCCGUGUGCCUGGAGCGGCCCAUCCUGCCCUGCCGCUGGCUGUGCGAGGCGGUGCGCGACAGCUGCACCCCCAUCAUGGAGGCGUUCGGCUUCCCCUGGCCGGCGAUGCUCGCCUGCGACAAGUUCCCCCAGGAUGAUGUGUGCAUCGCCAUGACGGGACCCAACGCCACCGUGGCCACGCAGACCACAGGCGACUCCCUCAUCUGCCCGCCGUGCGACAACGAAAUGCAAACGGAAGCCAUGCUGGAGCACAUGUGCGCCAGCGAGUUCGCUUUCAAGGCCAAGAUCAAGGAGGUGAAGCGAGAAAACACAGACCGCAAGGUGAUCCUACAGAAGAGGAAGAAGAUGCUGAAAGCAGGCAACCUGAAGAAGAAAGACUUGAAGAAGCUGGUGCUGCUCCUGAAGAACGGUGCCGACUGUCCCUGCCAGCAGCUGGACAACCUGGCCAACCAGUACCUGAUCAUGGGCCGCAAGGUGGACAAGCAAUACCUCCUCACGGGCAUCCACAAGUGGGACAAGUCCAGCAAGGAGUUCAAAAAGGCCAUCAAGAAACUCAAGAGCCACAAAUGUCCUGCGUUCGAGAACGUCUUCAAAUGAUCCGGCCCGCCCCCCCCCCCCCCCCCCCCCCCCCCCCCCUGUCCCCGGUCACUUCUCAUCCAGCGUACGAACUUGCACAAGCGUUCCCAAACUGUUGCUUUCUUUAUUUCCCCUGUUUAUAUAUAUCUAUAUAUCUUUGUAUAUUUCCAGAUAUACUUCAGAGUGUCUGUCGGUAAGUUUCAGUCUGAAUGCGGUGAGAGAUGAACCACGAAUUCAAGGGUGGACAUUUCAUUGUUUUUCCCCUCUUUGGCUGAUAAAAUGGAUAUUUUCUUAUAAAAUCACAUCUUCUGUUGAAUGUUUUCAUGUAUGUAGAUACCUUGUUACUUUCUUUGUGUGAUUUGGUUGAGGAGUUUGGGAAACACUAAGUUUUCAUGCUAAAAGAAUGGAAUAUGAUUGUACGGUAAAACUAGCUCAAGCUAGUGGAGGUUAGCCAAGCAUUUUGGAAAUGAGCGAGAACAGCGAGCUAUGAUGUGUUUGAACGGGGAAAAAAAACAUGUUUUUGUGUGUGUGCACGCGUUUAUUAGAGGAAUUAAAUGCAACAUUAAUUUGUGAUAUUUUCUUUAGGGUGGCGUCAAGCUAGCUAUUUCCAUUAGCUUUCACUGUUAAUGCUAAUGUAGGCUAAUAUUCCACCAAGUACAAAAUAGAGAAUUCUAUCAAAUUAAAAAGCUUUUUGAUCAUGUAGCUGAAAUUCAUCGAAUCAAUAAUUAGACUGCAGAUUUUUAAGCUUUAAACGCCUCAUUUUGGGUUCUGUUGGAUAAUUUAUUGACAGAAGUCAGAGAGAUGUUGAACAUUUCCACAACCUAGAGACUGCAUGGCCUUUCAAAAAUUUCAGUUCUACCUUUGCAUUUCAUUAAAUAUCUUAUUUUACUUGAAUGCCUGAUUCAGAGAAGAAAAUCAUAGCCAAUGGUUUGCAUCACAAAGUUAAAGAUUUAUUAAUUUUGGAUAAAGAUUUGUUUCAUAUAAAAGUGCAAAUGUUGGUUUGAUUGCUCGAGUGUUUCUGGUCCGAUUAAGCACUAUUUUAUUUGGAAGAUGAAUGUCUGCGGUGCAUUGCUGCCUUUACAUGUACAUACAAAUUUUACAUAAAUAUG